AUGUUUAGAGGAGAAAACUCGCACUCUUUAAGUUAUGAACAACAAGCAAAGUUUAUUCAAGAUCGAAUUACAAGCGUAGAAAGAAAUUUUGGUGAUCUAUGUGUUGCGUUUGGAGAUUACACUAGAAAAAUUGCAAGAGUUCGUGACAUGGGGGAUGAGCUUGCUAAAGUAAUAAAAGAUUAUGCCAACAAUGAAAUCGUUAACAAAUCUUUGAGUGCUGGUUUAGAUAAUUUAUCCAUCACCUUAACAGCGGUUGAAGAAUAUAGAAAUUGUAAAGUUCAACGUUUAGAAGCUAAGGUGAUUGGCGAGCUUAGUCAAUAUGAAACGAUCUGUAAACAUGCAAGAGAAGAACUUAAACACACUAUGAACGUUAGGGAAAAAGAAAUGGCAAGGAAGAAAGUUCUUGACAAAGCGAGAGAGAGACAACCAUUCAACAGACAACAAGUGACAUAUGCGGAAUCGGAAUUACUAAAAGCGACUGCCGAAAUGUCCCGCACGGCAAAAGGCUUAAGCGAACAAACAGAAUUCUUUGAGCGACGCAAACUUCAACAACUGAAGUCGCUGCUGUCGAACUUCGUGAUGAUAGAAAUGACGUUUCAUGCCAAAGCCAUUGAACUUUUCACUGUAGCUUAUCAACAAAUAGCAGAUAUAAAUGAAAGAGCCGAUUUAGAGAAUUUCAAGAGAAAGCUACUGUCGCCUGAAAAACCUGUGAGCAUUGGGAUUUCGGCAAGAUCUGUAUCGUUGGCCUCUCUAAUGAAUCAACAGUCGCCAUCACGAGAUGACGGUGACACAGCGAGCUUGGGACGAAUUAAAUCGCCAGAUAAAAAUGCUACAAUGGUCAAACAAAGGUCUAAUUCGUUAGCGGCGUUGCUGAAUCAGUCAUCAUCUAAAGACGAAGGGGAAACAACGGAUUCCGAAUCAGAUGAAGAAAGCUCUUCGGAAGAAACCGAAUCUCGUUGA